CUACAGUACUCGUGAUGGUCACAGAACAAAGAUCACACAGAUCUAUACAUGACGUGAAAGUCACAGUCUUCACACUUCAAUCAGGAGUUUGGGACAAACACAACAUCAAGAGGAACUCGUGAAGAAACAUCAUGGCAACAUGGGAGACAAGCAACAGUGUUGUGCAUCGCACAAGGGCACGCACAUCCGGUGAAAAUCAGCUUCCAUCAGAGAACGGCUUCAUCACACGCAAUGAGAAUUUUAAUCAUGUGAGGGACAUGACACAGAGGAAAGAAGACCUGGAGAGAAUCAAAGCCGAGGUGAUCCGACAUGUUAAAGACCAUCUGAACGAGGUGCUGGAUCGAGCGCUCACCGAUUCAGAACCGUCUCUCGCCCGAAACACACAAGCACACACUGAUGAGAAAAGAAGCUGCGGCGACAGGCACAAACUGGAGCAGGGGAAGGUGUUUGUGGCCAGAUGGUCCCUGCUUGAUGAGCUGUUUGAGGUCAGUCACAUCAGGACGAUCUAUCACAUGUUCAUCGCGGCUCUCUUCCUGUUCGUCUUGAGCACUUUAGCAGUGGACUACAUCGACCAGGGCAGGCUGGUUCUGGACUUUGACUUGUUUGUUUACGCGUUCGGUCAGUUGAGUACGGUCACAUGGGCAUGGCUCCUGAUGUUCAGUUAUACUCUGCUUGGGCCGUACCAUGUUGUGAGUGUUUGGGGUGGACUGUACCACAACGGCCGCUGGAGGGCAUCUGUAUCAGUGGCAUCUGCACUAAUGCUGUGCGCCACCCAGCUGAGCAUGCUGGGAAUAUUUCCGGUGUAUGUAGUUCUGCACUAUCAGCUCCCCCCGGCAUCACGAUUCAUCAUCAUAUUAGAACAGAUCAGAUUUGUGAUGAAGAGCUACUCGUUUAUCCGUGAAACUAUUCCCGCCAUUCUCAAAAACACACCGCAGAACGGUGACCCGCGGCAUUAUCCGUCGCUCUCCAGCUAUCUGUACUUCCUGUUUUGCCCAACACUGAUCUAUCGUGAGGCGUAUCCGAGAAACACGUGCAUCAGGUGGAACUACGUUGGCAUGAACUUUCUAAAGAUCUUGGGCAGUUUGUUUUAUCUGUACUUCAUCCUGGUGCGAUUGUGCAUCCCCGUGUUUAUGAACAAGAGCAACCAGCCGUUCAGCACACGCACACUCAUACUGGCGCUCUUCCAUGCGGUUUUUCCAGGUAUGCUGAUAUUUAUGUUGGGCUUUUACGCUUUUCUUCACUGUUGGCUCAACGCUUUCGCGGAGAUGCUGCGGUUUGCCGAUCGGAUGUUUUAUAAAGAUUGGUGGAACUCGACCUCUUUCGCUAAUUACUACCGCACGUGGAACAUCGUCGUGCACGACUGGCUUUAUUACUACGGAUACCGAGACUUCCUCUGGCUGUCGGGUCAGAAGCUUCGUUCAGUGGCCACACUGUCUGUUUUCGGCGUUUCCGCAUUAGUGCAUGAAUACACCUUCACCAUGUGCUUUGGAUUCUUCUAUCCAGUGAUGUUCUGUACAUUCGCCGGAAUUGGUGUGGUGUUCAACUUUGCCAUGAACGACAAACGGAAGAGUCCGGUGUGGAACAUCAUCAUGUGGAUGUGUUUGUUCAUUGGUCAGGGCAUUCAUGUUUGUCUGUACUGUCUGGAGUGGUACGCACAGAUCCGCUGCCCGCGUACUGGGACAGGCUUCUGGGAGCUGGUGACACCGAAAUCAUGGACAUGUAGUUACCAGUGACGACUGACCAGCUGAACCGAACGCUCAUAAAUGAGGAAAGCUCAUGAAUAGUCUCGCCAAGAGAGCUGCCGACCAUCAUCAAUAUUUCCAGUUAAAUGUCUGUGUGCUUUGCGAGGGAUACGAUAAAUGUACAGAGCUAUUUGUGACAUGAUAUAUACAGUAUAAACGCUGGUCGAAUUGAGAAUGAGAAAUGUGGUGAAUAACGAUGAUGCUACUAACAUGCUGUAGUUCUGAGAUGGAAAUUUGACAUUGUUAUAUAUAUUUCAUGCUUAAAAUGUAGCAAAUGUAGCAUAUCAGCAUUCCUAGAAGUGUAGCCUUGUAGUUUAAUUGAAUGCUGAUUUUAUGUUUAUGUAUAUAUACUGUAGAUUUCAAUGAAUGUAAUGAUGCACAUUGUUAAAAUAAAAAAUUUAGU